GCAUCGAAAACAGUUAUUUGCUCGCAAACACGCUUAGUGACCUGUUCGAAUUACAUGUCUCCUAGACACCGCUCUUCGGAUGGACCCAGACUAUAGCCAACACCUGACUGUCCAUUAUCAUGGCCCCACUAAUCAACCACCUCCCGAGCGUGCCUCCUUGCUAGCUUAUGGCAGAGAGGCGCUGGAGUCUGCAGUAGGUAAGGAAGGUUGGCAUUCAGUGGUACUCCAUUUAGAUCAUGCAAUAUUUCGUACGUGCACGAUAAUUAUCUCUGGUCAAUCAUUGAAACCGAGCUUAUUCGCAGGCUUGCGAAGUAACUGCUAUGAAUAUGCGCUGCGUCCGCCACUUCUCCACAGUGACGCAAAGGAGCAGACCCUUCGUGAUUGGAACGACGAAGUCUCCGAGAUGGAGGUCUUCAGGACAGAACAACUGGAAGAAUUCAAAUCAACAACUCUCAAUUUGGAACUCUCCAGAGCUUCUGUCUCUUCGUCUGCAGAAGUCAGUGCUGGAUUGCUCACGCCUCCAAGCACCGCACUCGGUGUCUUGCGCAAGGCUGGUAGCAAAGAUCGUCGAGAACCUGCCGAAGGGAAUCCCGUCAAACGUCGUCGCCUUGACUCAAGUUCUCUUUACAAAGUCAUUGAACGUGUGCGUACGAUCAAAUGUUUGAGAAGGGUUGUCAAAGCUAACAACAUGACAUGACUGUAAAGCCUCACCUGUACACAAGCCCAAAGAACCUUGCUGUAUCACUCUCAUCACUAGAGCCACACACCAAGUUCUACAAAGGAUCGCAGCCAAUGGCCAUUCCACCCUAUACCCUAGAGGAUGUAUGGGAUCUCUUCGAAGACCAAUUUGCCCGAUGUACUUGGGUCAUUCCAAUCCGCGGUACACCGCCGUGGCCUGAUUGUACGGCCGCCGCCAUCCUACAAGAAUACUCUGAGGGUCCAUGUGAAUCCGCACAAGAUAGUUCUGCGGCAGUCCUCACUUCGUCUGAGAUCAUCUGGACGCGAGAUGCAUUGCGGUCUUUCUGGUCAUUUCUUCUUCAGCUCAGAGAGGUGCAAUCUCUUGGACCCAUCUCCUUGUCUUUUCAUGCCGCUCCGGUAACCCACAUUGAUGCCAAAGUGACCGAUGGUACAAGCUCGAUCACCACCGGUAGAAGACCAUCAGCGCCUACUUUGCUCGAUACGGAUCAUAUCAAAGUUUACCACGAUGCGCGGUACGCUGUGCAUUUGCGAAAUGUACUCCGUGCAUGGUCGCAUACGUAUAAUCAACCAGUGACCGGCCCCGGAAAUAACAAAGCGUCCACGCAAUCUGAACUUGCAGCGGCAUCGGCAUCGGCAGGCUCCUCCUCUGACAAAGGGAGUGAGGCGAAAGUCCGGUUGCUGAAGAAUGUUCGGCUUGUCUUGUUAGAUGAGCAAUGUCAGGGUAUUCUCACUUGUUAAGACCAUCAGGGACCAGAUGAACGUGAGUGCACGUCAAUUCAGUUGCACUCACUUGUCAUCGUGCCGACAUGCAGUAUGCGGAUACCCCCACCUACGCGCACCGCAGUUCACACCAGGCUUGAGAGGUGAAAUUCCAGGUUUGUUAAGCUCUACUUCAAAUUCUUACCUUCGUGCGACCAGAACCACAGUAUUGGAACCGACGCCGUGGGCUUGAGAGAAGACAAGGGUUCAAUGGUAGCCCUCUCACUUGGUUACGAACAUCGCUACCUGUUCUUCGUCCUUGGGUUUUCCAGUGCCAAGGUUGCCCUCUCGGUAUCCAAGUAACCUUUGGGGAUGAUGCUCCGAAGGUUAUGGUUUUCGGCUCCUUAAUGCCUUGAGAAUACAUAGAAGA